AUGUAUCUAAAUAAGUUUUUCCACUUCUCAUUUGUACGCCGCUUUUCGCACUGUUUUUUUUUAUUUGGUUUAAUUCCUUUCUUCUCCGCCAUCUUUCGUUCCUUUCUUCUCCGCCAUCUUUCGUUCCUUUCUUCUCCGCCAUCUUUCGUUCCUUUCUUCUCCGCCAUCUUUCGUUCCUUUCUUCUCCGCCAUCUUUUCUACUAUUCACUCAUUUUAUCCUGUUUUUUUUCUAUUCACUACUUUCACUCGUUCUUCUUUACCUUAUUUUCUUCGUCCAUCUCUUUAAAUCCUUUUAUUGUUUUCACUUUCGCUCCCUUGGCUUCCCGUCAUUAUUUAAUUUACCUCUUUUUGGAAUCUAGUAUUUUUGCGGCGUUUUAUUUUCAUUUCUCCUUUUUCCUGUCUUCCUCUUUAAAAUGCUUUCUAUCACUUUUUGUCAGAAUUUUAAGCAAAAAAUCUAAUCUCUUUUACUCUUUCUUUUCUCUUUCUUCUCUCUUUCUCUUUCUCUUUCUCUCUCUUUUGUCUCUCUCUCUUUCUAUUUCUCUUCUCUUUCUUCUCUUUGUUUCUCUCUCUUUCUUUUCUUUCUCUCUCUUUUCUCUCUCUUUAUCUUUCUCUCUUUUUUUAUUCUCCAAUCUUUUUUUCUUUUUUUCCUCUCUGUCUUUCUCUCUCUUUCUCUCUUCAAAUAGGUUGAAAUAG